UUUAGAUUUCCAGGUGGAUCUGGUCGACAAGGUGGAUUUAGUCAACAAAGUGGGUCUGGUCAACAAGACGGAUUUGGCCAGCAAGGUGGAUCUGGUCGACAAGGUGGAUUUGGUCAACAAAGUGGAUCUGGUCAACAAGGCGGAUUUGGCCUACAAAGUGGAUCUGGUCAACAAGGUGGAUUUGGCCAACAAAGCGGAUCUGGUCAACAAGGUGGAUUUGGCCAACAAAGUCUCCAACGACCGCCACAAAUUAAUGUAAACGUUAGUCCUAGACAACCGGGGCCACAAGUUUCCCCCUUAGGACCACAAAAAGGUCCUUAUAAUGGUUCAACAUAUCCUAGUGGGGCUACACAUAGUCCACAAAGCGUUUCAUUUCAACAACAACAACCACAACGUCCCUUAGGUCCAACCGGUUUUAAUCAAUUGCCUGAAUCUCGUCCCAUCAAUCAGCACACACAACAAUUUCCUCAGCGAUCCCCUCAACGAUUUCCUCAACGAUUUCCUCAGCGAUCUCCUCAACAAUAUCCACCAAGAAUGCCAGCCCCACGCCAACAAUUUCCUGGUGCGAUACCACCACAUAUGGUCUAUAAUGAAUUACUCGGUCCUGAUGCAUUUAAAGAUGUAAUAUUGAAUAUCGAUUACGGUGCUGUUGAAGCAUAUAAUAGUGUCUUUCGACAUGGAGGUCAGGUUAAUAUCCCAAAUUUUAGAAGUCGAAGGCCACCAGGAAUUAGUGUUCAUCCCGCUUACACAACUGUUGAGUCUCUAAAUCAUCAACCACAUGUGCUUAAUACUGGUCGGCCGAUUGAUACCGGAUUUAGACCCCAUAAUCAAUAUUUUGACGGUGGAUACGGAGAAGGCACUGGACGCGAUUAUUAUAGUUCAAAUAACGAUAUCGAAAGUAUAUUGGCUCAAUCGACAGGUUAUGAAUCAUCAUCUGUAGGCGGACCAGAUUUUCAAAGUGUGUCUGGAUAUCAAACGGGUGAAUCACUGCCUGAAGGAGACAUAGGAAGAAACUAUUAUCAACAACAAAAUGCCGGUGCUCAAGAAGGAUCUUUUGAGUUAGGGCCAGGAGCCGAUCCUGGUACUAGCGUAGCUCAAAUACUUAGUCAAAGUGGAUUAGAACAGGCUUUACGAAGCAGGGCGCUAUAA